AUGGGUAAACUUCUCCCUCGCCUAAAGGAUAAAGACCUUUUGGGCUUCGGCAAAAGCAUUUCACGCCUUCGGUCGGUGAAGCGGCAACCUGAGUUGGACGGCUCAACUACCGAGAAAGCAUGUGCCAGCUAUGAAAGCUAUCUGCAGCGCAAAGGCACAAAGAAGUUAAUCGGCCAGAGGCAGCCAGGCCCACACGCUGCAUCAGAUAUAUCAUCCGACCAGCUUGCCGACCCAACUCACCUCCUGCCUACAUAUACUCUCCGGACGCUUGUCCGCGUUGAAUUGAAGGUCUAUCGAUGGAACUACCGCAAAGUUAUUGAAGAUGCACAUAAUUUGCAACAACGGGGACUUAAACAACGUCGUCGGAAGAAGAAUAUCUUGCGCCCACUCUCCGAACCAGUGCGCGGUGACCUCCGGACGUGGCGCGUGCCCCCGGACCAGUGCGCGGUGACCCCCGGACCAGGCGCGCGUGCCCUCUGGAGUAGAUGCGCGAUGACCCCCGGGCCAGUGCGCGGUAACCCCCGGACGUGGCGCGCGUGCCCCCUAGAGCAGAUGCGCGAUAACCCCCGGACCAGUGCGCGAUAA